AAGGAUGCUGGGCGGAGCCAGACUAGCUGCUCAACAGGUCAGCUGGCUGCUAGGGGUUGCUUAGUGCUUCUGCAGGGACAAGACAGAGACUGGCAUGGAGCAGGGGAAGCAGCUGGCUGGCCUCAUCCUGGCCGUCACUCUUCUUCAAGGUACUCUGGCCCAGUCAAAACAAGAAAUUCCUGUGGUAAGAGUAAACAGCGAUCGAGAAGAUGGUUCGGUACUUCUGACUUGUGAGUCACCAGACAAAGAUGUCAAAUGGUUUAAAGAUGGGAAGGAAAUAAAGUCCCACGAAAAGAAUAAAAAUAUACAGAAUCUGGGAAGUAGUAUCAAGGACCCUCAAGGGAUAUAUUGGUGUCAAGGAUCCAAGAACCGCUCAAGAACACUCCAAGUGUAUUUCAGAAUGUGUCAGAACUGCAUUGAACUAAGCGGAGCCACCGUAUCCGGCUUUGUCUUCGCUGAGAUCAUCAGCAUUUUCUUCCUUGCUGUUGGGGUCUACUUCAUUGCUGGACAGGAUGGAGUUCGCCAGUCAAGAGCUUCGGACAAGCAGACUCUGUUGUCCAAUGACCAGCUCUACCAGCCCCUCAAGGAUCGGGAAAAUGACCAUUACAGCCACCUUCAAGGAAAACAAUUGAGGAAAAAUUGAACUCAGGACUCAAAGUAGGUGUCCUCCCUUCUGGAUAGGUCUCAGGAACAUAGCAAUACGUUUUGGAGCACUCCUAGCUGAGAGAAUUUCAGCCCUAAAUCUAGAUUCAAGUUUCCCAAAGGCGACGAAUGGAGAAGAAAGGCCAUCAGAACAAAUUUGGAUUUUUCUCAAAAUAAAACAAAAUUAAAGGAAAAUAAUAUGUAUGGUGUUGCAGGAGCGCCACCUAUUGGAAGGUAGUUUUUCUGUAAAAGAACAUUGAAAAGAUCUAAUAACCCCCUCUAUUUGAAUAUUAUUUUUUAAAGUUUUAAUUUUUGUUUACUUUUUGUAUGUGUCAUAAUUUACUUGGUUUAAAUAUGCAAUGAAAGGUCUCCCUCCACCUCCAUCCCCAGCCAUUCAGCUGUCCUCUCCAGAGACAAAACAACGUACUAGUUUCAUAUAAGGUGUUAUAAAUCAGAGUAUUCUAGGCAUACACAAGCAAGCUCUUAAGUACAUAUUAUUCUCCUUUUCCCUAUUUUUCACACCAAUGGUAUCAUACUAUCUCCAUCUUGCACUUUCACCUAAUAAAACCCUAAGAUUGACGCAGCUGGGUGGCUCAGUCAGUUGAGCAUCUGACUUUUCAUCUCAGCUCAGGUUAUGAUCUCAUGGUUCAUGAGUUCAAGCCCCACGUUGGGCUCUGUGCUGACAGCGUGAAGCCUGCUUGGGAUUCUCUGUCUCUCUCUCUCUCUCUCUGCCCCAACCUCUCUCUCUCUGUCUCUCUGUCUCUCUCAAAAUAGAUAAAUAAACUUUUUAAAAAAAUAACCUUAAGAUUAUUUCAUAUCAAUAAGUAAAGGAACUUUUUUUUUAAUGCAGCCACGUUGUACAGAUACGCUAUAUUUUAUUUAACCAAUGCUCUACUGAUGGACAUUUAAGUUGCUUCCAAUAUUUUGUUCUUACGAUGCUGUAAUGACUAACAUUGUAUAAGUGUCAUCUAAAAAAAAUAAUUGUAUUGAGGUAUAGUUUACAUGCCAUAAAAUUCACUCAUUUUAAACAAUUUCUCCUGUUCUCCGUGUUAGAGAAUUUACUCAAUUGUACCCUCAUCACCAUAAACCAGUUGUAGAACAUUUUCAUUGCCUUCUUCAGAUUCCUUGUGCUGUUUCCAGUCAUUCCCUGUUCCCACCCUCAGCCCCAGGCGAUGACUAUUAUUUUUUCUGUCUCAUCAGAUUUGCCUUUUCUGGACAUUUCAUAUAAAUGGAAUUAUACAAGCUGCUCUGGACAUUCUCAUGUUAAUCUUUGUGUGGGUGUCUUCAUUUUUCUCGGGUUGAUUCAUGGGUGUGAAGAAUUGCUAGGUUGUAUGGUAAAUCUCUGUUUAGCUUUUUAAGAACCUCCCUGUACCAUUUUACAUUCCCACUAGCAAUGGGUGAGGGUUUCUGUUUCUCCACAUCCUCACCAAUAUUUGUUACUAUAUGUUUUUUUAGUAUAGCCAUUCUCGUAGGUAUAAAAUGGUAUUUACUGGACCUUUAAUUUGCAUUUCCCUAAUGACUAAUGAUGUUGAACAUCUUUUCACAUGCUUAUUAGCCUUUCUUACAUCUUUCGUGAAAUGUCUAUUCAAAUCUUUUUUUUUUUUAGUUUUUUUUUUUUUU